AUUUAAUUAUUUUUUAACAUCUUUGUUUUAGUGUCACUUUUGAAAGAUCAUUCUUUCUAUUAAUUUUUGUCAUAAUUAUUUGAAAUAAGAGUUGAAUAUUUCCUGUUAGUUUAUGGAAGAAAUUUUGAUUAGGAAAGAUGGAAAAAUAUUCUUUCAUUAGCGUAAAUUAUUUCAAAUUUGCAAAAUGCAGAGACAACUUCGAGCUGCUCUUAUUCAGUUAUCAGUUGGAAAAGGUCUUAGUAAAAAUAUCGCACACGCUUUUAAAAUGAUUCGUGAAGCCAAAAGUAAAUGCGCACAACUUAUAGUUUUACCAGAAUGUUUUAAUUCUCCAUACGAAGCAGCGAAGGAGUGCGACAUAUAUCUUGUUGGUGGAACAAUUCCAGAAAAAGUCGAUGAUAAAAUUUAUAACACUUGUACAGUUUGGGAUCCAAAAGGCGAAAUGAUUUUAAAAUACCGCAAAUUGCAUUUGUAUGAUGUGGACAUUCCCGGGGGCAUAACAUUUAAAGAAUCAGACAUUUUGACUUCUGGAAAUAAAUUACAAACAUUCAGUAUUAGCGACAAUAUUAAAAUUGGUAUUGCUGUCUGUUACGAUUUGCGAUUCGAAGAGUUAGCAAAAUUAUACAGAAUAAUGAAUUGCGAGUUGAUAAUAUAUCCAGGAGCUUUUAAUAUGACUACUGGACCAAUUCAUUGGGAAUUAUUGCAAAGGGCUAGAGCAUUAGAUAACCAGAUGUAUAUAUUUGGUGUCAGUCCGGCACGAAGCGAAAAAGGUUACAUUGCAUGGGGUCAUUCUCAAGUUACAAAUCCAUGGGGAAAGGUUAUUGUUCAAGCAGGUUACGUUGAAGAAAUUAUUUAUUGCGAUCUUGAUUUUGAAGAAUGUAGUACAGCAAGAAAGCAAUUGCCAGUUUUUUCACACAGAAGGACGGAUGUGUACAAUACAAUUCUUGUAAAUGCCUGUCGCGAUUAAAUCAUAAAAUAAAGUAACAAUUGGGUAAUCCAACGAUGUACUUUAGCAAA